UGGAUUGUUUAAAAAAGAUCGGCUCCUGCCCAAGUGGUUCUGCUUUUUGCUUCAAGUCUCCAAUCAUCCAAACCAUCACUAAUUAGAAUCUUAACGACAAUGAGGUUCUUCAAGUCUAAAGCUGGCCUGGUGUCAUCCGGCAUAUUUUUGCUCGCAUCAGCGCCAGCUGUCGUCGCCGACUGCGCACUUCCGUCGACUUAUAGCUGGACAUCAACUAGCGCUCUAGCGAAUCCCAAGUCCGGAUGGACGGCAGUCAAGGACUUCACCAAUGUGGUCUUCAACAACAAACACGUCGUCUAUGCAUCGACCACCGACAAGAAUGGGAACUACGGCGCGAUGAACUUCGGCACCUUUUCAGAUUGGUCUGGCAUGGCAUCUGCAAGUCAAAACGCAAUAGGCUUUACAGCCGUUGCGCCCACUUUGCUCUACUUCCAGCCAAAGAGUAUCUGGGUCCUGGCAUAUCAAUGGGGCUCGAGCACCUUUACGUACCGAACAUCAAGGGACCCUACCAAUGCCAAUGGAUGGUCAUCUGAGAAAGCCCUCUUUUCUGGCAAAAUAACCGGCUCCAGUACUGGCGCCAUUGAUCAGACCCUUAUCGGUGACGCUACUCAUAUGUACCUUUUCUUUGCAGGAGACAAUGGCAAGAUCUAUCGUUCGAGCAUGCCCAUCAAUAAUUUCCCUGGAAACUUCGGAACAGCGUCAGAGGUGGUCCUGAGUGACACUCAGAACAACCUUUUCGAGGCAGUCCAAGUGUACACUGUCAAAGGCCAAAACAAGUACCUGAUGAUCGUCGAGGCAAUUGGAACACAAGGGCGGUAUUUCCGUUCAUUUACCGCCAGCAGUCUCGGCGGAUCGUGGACGCCGCAGGCAGCAAGCGAGAGCAAGCCCUUCGCUGGAAAAGCCAACAGUGGUGCAACCUGGACCAACGAUAUCAGUCACGGCGAUUUGGUUCGCACCAACCCUGACCAAACAAUGACCAUCGAUCCAUGCAACCUGCAAUUCCUCUACCAAGGACGAAACCCGAAUGCCGGGGGUAACUAUAAUACCCUGCCGUGGAGGCCGGGUGUGCUCACUCUGAAGAAGUAAGGGAUUUUAGUAUUAGGGGAGGAGGUAGGGGGUAUAAAAGGGAGCUGUGGAGACGAUAUUGCCCUCGUUGAGUGUCAGACAGACGGUACCGCCUGUGUCAUUCGUCCGAUGGGCGAGCCCUAAUUUGGGGAGUGGUGCCGCCGCCACUGGCCUGCAAAAACGCCCGAGGCUAUUGUAGGAAGUUCUAGGGAAAGUAUGCUGUGGUCACCCGAGGUUCACCUUUCC